GAAGAAGAAACACUGCCUGCCAAAUUGUGCGUGUGGUCCAAUGCGAGCAAGACGUGUGGUCAAAUCAUAAACGUCUCGGCUGUGCAACUUCAUUCGGAAGGCGAAACAUUGAGCUAGAGAGUAGCUAUUCAGACUGGGAACGCUGAGUUGUUAAGAUGGCACCGAAUGCAGCAGAGCUGAAAGUGAAACCCGCAUCGGAUUCGACCGGCAUUAAUGCCAUACUGCUGGGACCUCCCGGUUCCGGAAAAGGAACACAGGCGCCACUAUUAAAGGAAAAAUAUUGCGUAUGUCACCUUUCGACCGGGGAUAUGCUUCGAGCAGAAAUAGCGUCCGGUUCGAAGCUGGGCGCGCAGCUCAAAAAGGUGAUGGAUGAGGGCAAGUUGGUAUCCGAUGAGCUAGUGGUGGAUAUGAUCGAUUCCAACCUGGACAAGCCGGAAUGUCGCAAUGGUUUUCUGUUGGACGGUUUCCCACGUACGGUAGUACAGGCGGAGAAAUUGGAUAAUCUGCUUGAAAAACGCAACACCGGCCUGGACGCAGUAAUUGAGUUCGGCAUCGAUGAUAGUCUGCUGGUGCGUCGUAUUACCGGACGCCUGAUCCAUCAGGCAAGCGGACGGUCUUACCAUGAGGAAUUUGCGCCACCCAAGGUGCCUAUGCGCGACGACGAAACGGGAGAGCCUUUGAUGCGCCGCAGUGAUGACAACGCGCAGGCACUGGUGAAACGUCUUGAAUCGUAUCACCGACAAACCAAGCCUCUGGCCGAUUACUAUGCGUUGCGAGGAUUGCAUUUCCGCGUGGAUGCCGCAAAAAGUGCAUCUGACGUGUUUGCUAAUAUCGACAGCAUCUUUACCAAACAGCGUGCUCAUCGAUUAGGAUUCUAAUGAUUCCCAGACCGGUAUCUCCUUCAUACCACAUUCGACUGGAAACACACGACAACGGAUAAUGACACCCGGAUAACGCAACCAGCUAACUACCUGUGACUUCUUUUUACGUUACUUUUAAAUUAACCACACGUGCGUCACUGAUCGACGUGCGCUCGGCAUUUCCCACCAUUGUGUCCCAAUCCUAUAUCUGCAACACUGGUAGUAAGAAUUUAAAGUUGUUCAAAAAUAAGCAAAUAAAAAGUGGAUCAUUUUGGAAUCUUGUUGCUGAUGGUUGUACAGUAAUGCGAAAA